CGCGGCUGCGGCGACGGCGUCCGUGGUAUAGCCACGGGUCGGGCUCCGCUCUGCGUGACGGUGGCCUCGACCAGCCUCUUGGAUUCGGGGAGCGCUGGCUCCCCGGCGCGCACACCGGGGCGUGUGCAGACGUGUGCACGCCGGGAUGCGGAGGCGGGCAGGCAAGCGGAUUCAGGCGGUUUCCUGGACGUCCCCUCACUGGGCCUCAGUUUCCCCAUCUGCGGAGUAAGGGUAUGGGGGCCAAGGAGCGGGUCAGCAUCCCGAGCCGAGCAUGGUGACAGCCUGUGCCCCCGGCCCCCUCGCCUGGCGCAGCUGGAAGAGCCGCCAGCCUCGGGAGCCGAUGGGCCCCCACGUGAGGGAGUGAGCAGUCUGGCCCAACCCUACAGAUUGAGGGGGGACGCAGCGGCUGAGCGACCCGAGAUCACGCUGCCGACCCCCUCCCACCAGUUGAAUGGUGGACCAAGCAACGAGUGACCCUUGUCAGGGUCACGGAGUAAUGGUGGGAAGCAAGGUGUAAGCAUCCCCUGUGGUCACCUGUAACUUCUUGGUGGAAAUAGAGGUCUGAGUCCCCAAGCCGACCCAGUGGACCCUCCUGGCUCCUGAUCCAGCUGAUGGGGCCACUGAGGCCCCAAGCAGCCACCUGACUAUCAAGACCCCACCUUGCCCAGCCAUGGCUGGGGCUGAGGGCUUCCAAUACCGUGCUCUGUACCCAUUCCGCCGGGAACGGCCAGAGGACCUGGAGCUGCUGCCAGGUGAUGUCCUUGUGGUGAGCCGGGCGGCCCUACAGGCACUGGGCGUGGCUGAGGGCAGCGAGCGUUGCCCACAGAGUGUGGGCUGGAUGCCUGGCCUCAACGAGCGUACACGGCAGCGCGGCGACUUCCCUGGCACCUACGUUGAGUUCCUGGGGCCUGUGGCCCUGGCCCGGCCUGGCCCUCGCCCACGUGGCCCCCGCCCGCUGCCCGCCAGGCCCCGAGAUGGGCCCCCUGAGCCAGGCCUCACACUCCCUGACCUACCCGAGCAGUUCUCCCCACCUGAUGUGGCGCCCCCUAUCCUGGUGAAGCUUGUGGAGGCCAUUGAUCGGACAGGGCUAGACAGCUACAGACCUGAGCCACCUGCCGCACGCACAGACUGGUCCCUAAGUGACAUGGAGCAGUGGGACGCGGCAACCCUGUCAGAUGGCGUGAAGGGCUUCCUGCUAGCGCUGCCCUCUCCCCUUGUGACACCUGAGGCCGCGGCCGAAGCACAUCGAGCCCUGCGGGAGGCCGCAGGGCCCGUGGGGCCAGUGCUGGAGCCCCCGACGCUGCCACUGCACCACGCGCUCACGCUGCGCUUCCUGCUCCAGCAUCUGGGCCGGGUGGCCCGGCGCGCCGCAGCGCCGGGCCCCGUGGUGCGUGCCCUGGGCGCCACCUUCGGGCCGCUGCUGCUGCGUGCGCCACCGCCCUCGCCGCCACCAGGGGGCGCGCCCGACGGGACUGAGCCCAUCCCCGACUUCCCUGCUCUGCUGGUGGAGAAAUUGCUUCAGGAACAUCUGGAGGAGCAGGAGGUUGCGCCCCCAGCACUGCCGCCUAAACCCCCCAAGGCAAAGCCGGCCUCCACAGGCCUGGCCAAUGGGGGGAACCCGCCCUCCCUGCAGGAUGCUGAAUGGUACUGGGGUGACAUCUCCAGGGAGGAGGUAAACGAGAAACUCCGGGACACACCUGAUGGUACCUUUCUGGUCCGAGAUGCAUCCAGCAAGAUCCAGGGGGAGUACACGCUGACCCUUAGGAAAGGCGGGAACAACAAGCUGAUCAAGGUCUUCCACCGAGACGGUCACUACGGCUUCUCAGAGCCGCUCACCUUCUGCUCUGUCGUGGACCUCAUCACCCACUACCGCCAUGAGUCACUGGCCCAGUACAAUGCCAAGCUGGACACUCGGCUCCUCUACCCAGUGUCCAAGUACCAGCAGGACCAGAUUGUCAAGGAGGACAGCGUGGAAGCAGUGGGCGCCCAGCUUAAAGUCUAUCACCAGCAGUACCAAGACAAGAGCCGCGAGUACGACCAGCUCUAUGAGGAGUACACACGCACCUCCCAGGAACUGCAGAUGAAGCGCACAGCCAUCGAGGCCUUCAAUGAGACCAUCAAGAUCUUUGAAGAGCAGGGCCAGACGCAAGAGAAGUGCAGCAAGGAGUAUCUGGAGCGCUUCCGGCGUGAGGGCAAUGAGAAGGAGAUGCAGAGGAUCCUGCUGAACUCCGAGCGGCUCAAGUCUCGCAUUGCUGAGAUCCACGAGAGCCGCACAAAGCUGGAGCAGGAGCUACGGGUGCAGGCCUCUGACAACCGAGAGAUCGACAAGCGCAUGAACAGCCUCAAGCCAGACCUCAUGCAGCUGCGCAAGAUCCGAGACCAGUACCUUGUGUGGCUCACUCAGAAAGGUGCCCGGCAGAAGAAAAUCAACGAAUGGUUGGGAAUCAAAAACGAGACUGAGGACCAGUACUCACUGAUGGAAGAUGAGGAUGACCUUCCCCACCAUGAGGAACGCACGUGGUAUGUAGGCAAGAUCAACCGCACACAAGCUGAGGAAAUGCUGAGUGGCAAGCGGGAUGGCACCUUCCUCAUCCGUGAGAGCAGCCAGCGCGGCUGCUACGCCUGCUCCGUGGUGGUGGAUGGUGACACCAAACACUGCGUUAUCUACCGCACAGCCACGGGCUUCGGCUUUGCAGAGCCCUAUAACUUGUACGGGUCGCUGAAGGAGCUGGUGCUGCACUACCAGCAUGCCUCACUGGUGCAGCACAACGACGCGCUCACCGUCACGCUCGCCCAUCCCGUGCGCGCCCCAGGCCCCGGGCCCCCACCUGCCGCCCGCUGACGGCUGAGCAAGAGCAAGAGACCUGUCCCGGAGCUGAGCUGCCCCCAAGCUGGAGGCUGGGCUAGCGACGGCAUCCCAGGUCUCCAUCUUUCUGAAUCUGUCUCUUCUUUCUUGGGUUUUCUCUGUAUCUCUUCCUGUCUGUUUUUCUCUCCAUCUCUCUUUCUCAGAGCCUCUCUCCAUUUCCCCUUGUCACCCUUUGUCACUUUCUAGCGCCAUCUGUCUGUCUGUUCUUUCUCUCUUGGUCUCUGUCCCUCUGUGUAUCUGUGCUGGGGGGUCCUGCCUCCCCUACUCCAUACUCUCCUUCCCCUGCCUCCUUACAGAGGCACUGCCCUGCCUACGGCUCUGGCCACCCACGACCCUGUGCCCUGCCCCCCACAGGCUCCUGGGGUCCCCAAAGCCCCACCUGGCUGCACCUGCCAUGUUUACAGAGGCCCCCAGGCUGCGUGGCCCCAGCCUGGGUUCCCCGAUUUUUAAGCCAUAGACCUGGGGUCAGGGCAGGAAGGAACUUCGCUCAGCCACUUCCAAGAACCUCAGCCGUGACAUCUGGGGCCAGGCGGGACCUGCCCCACAGACCCCAACUUCUCCUUCAAACCCUGAAGUGAAACCUGACACUGGGUUAUCCCCACAAUGGGGCUGCUGCCAAGAAGUGACCCCCAAAAAGGAAAAUAAUUAAAAAUAAACUCAUGAGCUGACCCCAGGCUUCCCAGGAAUCGAGGCCCCAGCACAUCCGGGGCGGCCAACACGCAGCACUGCCCACAGCACCUCCACUUGACACAGACUCAAGGCUUCUCGAUCAUGUUGGGUUCUGAUUUUAUUUUUCCUUAAUUGUAUGUAAAGCCCUUUUUUCUCUCCUCUUUUGGGACAAGAGCCCUGGUUUUCUACGCUACCACGGAACACCCCCCCGCCACCUCCUGCCUGCCUGGCUAGGCUGGUAGGCAGGUUUUGUAUGGUACGUUGAUACUGAUAUGGAUAUAAAACAUUGAACAUGG